AUGGGAAAACCGAAAGGUAUACGUACAGCACGUAAGUUGAAAACGCAUAGACAGGCUCAGCGUUGGAAUGACAAAGGUUAUAAGAAGGCACAUUUGGGGACACGAUGGAAGGCAAAUCCAUUUGGAGCAGCAUCGCAUGCGAAAGGCAUCGUCUUGGAAAAAGUAGGUGUUGAAGCGAAACAACCAAAUUCGGCCAUUCGCAAAUGUGUUCGUGUGCAACUAAUUAAAAAUGGGAAGAAGAUCACAGCAUUCGUACCAAAUGAUGGUUGCUUGAAUUUUAUUGAAGUGACCUUUUUCGAUGUUCAUUCGGAAAAUGACGAAGUUCUUGUUGCUGGCUUUGGCCGGAAAGGACACGCUGUGGGUGAUAUACCCGGUGUGCGUUUUAAAAUUGUUAAAGUAGCAAAUACAUCAUUGAUUGCAUUGUUCAAAGGAAAAAAGGAAAGACCACGCUCAUAA